AUGUUCAACUUACCGACCGUCGUCUCUCUUUUACUUCUCGCAGUGCCAAGCACAGUGUACUCUUCACCCUGUGUGACGUUCGACUCCAGCUUCAACCUUCUCGUGUUCGGUCUUGACAGCAAGGACUGGAAUGCAGGACAGCAGAGCACUUGGACAAGCGGCAGUGCGACCGACAUUACCACCUCAGGCCGCCCGUCUUUCGAUGGCACGAACACUACAUGCUACCUUUCGCAAUUCUAUAACGCGGUCUACGUCAUGAAUGGCGACUCGUCCAACCCGUCUUCCGUGUACAUCUACGAUGCCGGCGCACAGUCGUGGUCGACGCAGUCCGUCACGACCGGCAAGUUCAACCCGGCGUCCUUCGAGGCGAUUCUGGAUCACGAUACAAACGUCAUAUAUGCGUUAUCGGGGGGCGACCUGUUCUACCUGAAUAUGGGCGACAUGAAGACGGCGAACUCGACCGCACUCUCUUGGGUGGACGUCGAGCAAGCGCCGUACCCCAGCGGAUAUGAGCCAGUGAUGGCUCUCGCGCAGAACCACAUCCACUUUUUGGACAUUCCCAACGUUCCUGCAGGCGAUGCGGAUAUUUUCGUCAUUCACUACUCAUAUUUCCAGCCCCAACCACAGUCGUACCCGCUCCCGAACGGUAGUGCGUUCCCCGCGACGCACGGCAAGACUGCGUCAUUCUUCCAGAUGAGCGGUGUGCAGCAGGAAUUUGCAUUCAUCCCCGAUGACGGCGCUGCUACGUACGUGAUCAACGUUGAGACGAACUCUACCGAAGCAUACGCCGGCCCGAUGAACAAGGAUUCUCAGGCGACGUACGCCGCUUCCAUCACCUCCCUAGUCCAGCUCGACAGUGCCGGCGCUCUCUCGUUCCUCCCGUACACCGAGGGAGAUGUAUCCACUAACUCGCAGGCCACCUGGUCGGCCAUCUCCAAGGUGGCGGCUGUAGCUCCCCCUGGCCAGUCCUCCAGCGCUUUCCCCAGUGGCUCGAACACCGCCAGCGGUCAUGCCAGCUCUACCAAGAGCAGCGCUAGCUCGACUGGCACUGCAUCGGCUGGUUCUUCGAGCUCAGCCAAUGGUGCCGUCACUAUAAGAACGGGUUACGGGUUUACGAUUGCGCUGGCGGGUGCAUUGGGGGUUGUAGCGUGUUUCAUUUGA